AAAAGGAUACAAAAAAAAAAAAGAGGAAUAUAUAAAUAAAUUAUAAGGUGGUGGAUGGAGCGUGGGCUGUUGUUGGCUAAGAUAUACCACCAGAAAAUAUCACUGUUUCGGUUCAAGGAUCUGUUCCAUCAAACCGAUUUCCGGAUACCUCGUGUACCUCGGUGGCUGUGUAUUCUCUUGGUGGUAGAGCUAUUGAAUGUCCUGGCUGGUGGAGUUUCAGAGUCAGAAACGACGACACCAGUGGAUGCGCCAGUGGAUGCGCCAAUGAAUUCCCAUUUUUAUGGAUUACCGGAACGUUGCCAAUAUCUAUUGGCCGAUGUGCAGGUAUUUGAACGCAAAUGCCGUAGCAGUUUUCCAAUGAUAGUAUUUACAAAAUAUCGGGAUACGUUUAUUAAGGCCGGCGAACCGUUUGCCCUCUAUAUGCCGGAAACACUCGAUCAUGUCCUUGUGCUAAUGAAGGAGUCCGCGCUACAGACCUGCCAUCGCUUCCAGGUCGUGGACAUAGGCAAGUUCACUUGCCUCGAUCGCAAUCACAACGAGACGAUAGUCCUGGAACAGACGCACAUCUAUUGCUUCCCCUUUCACAUCCAAAUGCCGGACGAUCUGAUGCACGACUGUGUCCGUGAGCAGAAGUCGAGCUACCUCGAUUUGGAGGAUGUCCUUCGGGCGAGGCGUGCCAUCGUCCACUAUACAUUGAGUGGGACCUAUAGUGGAGCCAAUAGCAUGAGACUGAUGCCAUGGCUCACUAUCUUGACCCUAAUUACAAUCGUCUGUUGCUCCUGCUCGUGGUCCUGGUUCGGUUUCUCCUGCUAGCAAGUCGUUAGUUUUUAUGUGCCAUCAUGUCUCAUAAAGAUCCGUCGAUUUGCUAGCCGGGGCAUAACAAGGCGAUCGAGGAGCCUGUAUAUGAAGCUGCCGUGGAAUCCUCAAAAGAGAUUAUAUAUCGGAUGAAAAGAAAUACAACGAAAUAAUGAACACGGACAGAAGACCAAGAACUCGCCUGAUUUAUCACUGGCCUUGCUCUUAGUGCAUUAUCGCAUGCUCCUCACCAAGUCGAGUACUUAAAUUAAAUAGUAUUUA